AUGAAAGAAGGGAUUUCGUUAUUUCAUUAUUCUUUGAAAAGAGAUGUUUCGGGCGAAUUUGAAGCUGAUGAAGAGAUCACCUGCGUAGGUGGAUGUGCAAGCGAGGUUUUUCUCGGAACUUCGAUAGGGCGUGUUUUGCACUACCAGCUCGUCAAAAAGCAAAAUGAGGAUGCGCUGAGAAUCUUGGGAGCUAUACAACUACCAAGCAGGAAGCCAGUCGUCUCUAUUGAUUACGCGUCAGCCCUGGAGAUUCUCCUCGUUAUUUCGAAUCAAAUUUUGUUUGAAAUAUCACUGGAGACACGAGAAAUUAUCUCCAAAAAGUCGGACACCAUCGCGCUGACGAUCAAUACAAAUCCCACCUCUGAUGAUCCCUUUGCGCUUCAGUUCGCCACGUCGACGACGAAUAAGAAGAUCCUAGUCCUCGAGAAAAAGAAUGGGCAAAACCACAACAUACAGCGAUUGAAUUGCCCAGGCCACGUCCUGGCAAUGGCAUACAACAAAUAUACCAUCUGCUAUUCCUCUGGCGCCGAAUAUUUUGUGUAUGACAACAUUUCACGCCGAGCCAUUAGUCUGUUCCCAUUUGAGCCGACAGUCCUGACGAGGCCAUUGGUGGCUAAUGUCGAUCAGGGCGAAUUCUUGCUUGCCGGUAUGGACGGGCUCUGCAUAAUUGCUUCUGCCACGGGAGUAAGCACGCGACCUCCGUUUCCGAUACCUACACCACCUAUUCGGAACUUCAUGCAGUUCCAGGAUUAUUUGUUUGUGUGCACUGAAGGGAAGAUUUACAUCUUAUCAACAAAUUCCUUGCGGGUGGAACAAGUCAUAGUCAUACAAGGGGUUGCCCAUGUUACCAAUCUUGAUGGCUGUCUCUGGGCUUGCACCGGAAGUGAAACAUUUUCGAUCGAACUGAUUUCGUGGGAGACACAGGUCGAUGAGCUUCUUACCAACGGGAAAUAUGAAGAUGCUCUACGAUUCGCAGAAGCUCAUCUGAAAUCGAGUUAUUCGGAAGAGAAUAUAGUGAAACUGAAUCACCUCUACCAGAAAAUUGGCUUCCAUCACUUCUUUGAGGGAAACUUUGAUGGCGCUGAUGAAUUGUUCCGGUUAGGCGAACUGGACCCUUCUGAGCUUGUUCAACUUUGCCCGAAAAUUCUGGUCGAGUUUAUGCCAACACAACUACAUGAGCAGAGCUCAAUCGAUUCCGUCAAAAAUGCCGACGCCGAAACUGUGCAAACCUUCAUUAGGGAAUACCUCGAAUGGACGUUGGAAAACAUCAAUAAAACGCCUGAGCAAGAAAUGUACAUCAAAACGGCGCUACUUGAAUUCGCGAUUCUCGAUGGCAAUACCGAGAUUACCGCCUUUCCCCAGCUUGAUCUUCCAAGACUUGAGGAAUUUCUGGAACGAUAUGAGAAAACGGCCUUGGGUGCUAUCGUGAAGUUUCAUUUGGGGAAAGAAGAAAAGGCACUCGAACUGUGGCAAAAACUGGCAGAAGGAAAUCUCAAAGAUGCAGAUUUUGCCGUUGAAACGGUCUUCGAAUAUCUGCCCAUGAUCGAAAAGCAGCAAAAUUUCCUGUUGGCACUAACCUGGUUGUGCAAAAUAGCACCUGAUAGAACGAAAGAGUUUCUGGAAAAAUAUCACCGAAAACACGACUCCGAGAAAGUGGCCGAGGUUCUGAAACCCCAUUCUGAUCUCUAUCUAUGGUUCUUGGAAAACGAACGGAGGCUCGGGAGCCGGAAAUGGGAUACGAAACUUGCUCUAUUUUACUUGAAAAGUAACCCUACCGAUGAAACAAAUGAUAUCAAAAAGAAACUUCGCGAGCUUUUGCUGACUUCCGAUUCCCUCAACAAAGAUGAUAUCUUGCUAGCCUGCAAGAACCGGAAGGGUCUCGCGGUCGAAUUAAUUUUGCUGGACGCAAGGGCGGACCCUGUAACCGCCGUACCUAAGCUGCUGAAAGAGCAGGAAAUUCUAUUGGCCGAGGAGGUUUGCUCAAGGUUUGGACAAGGAAAUCCGAAGCUGGGCACGAUCAUGUUGAGCGAAUAUUUGACUAAUCCAAGGAUCAAAACAAGCGAGGAAACCUUGAUUCGGCUCGUAAAUGGCAUGGCGGGUUAUGCAGAUCCGCAAGAAGUGCUGCGGAACCUGCCGUCUACGAUCAAGGUGAAAGAAAUCUCGUCCUUCGUCAGAAGUGCACUAUCACUCUCGGGAUCAAAACAAAAGAUGCUGGAGCUCGCCAAAUCGUUUGCGGAUCAUGGCGCAGAGCCUAUACUAGAGAAGCCUGAUGCAAAGCCAAUUUAUGUCGACGAAGACAGCAACUGCCCGGUGUGCAACCGCGGUCUCUUCCUAGCCCAGAAGCUCAAGGCAAUCCCAAGCGGAUACGUAGUGCAUUCCGAUUGUAUGCCAUAUCCUCAUCUAUGUCCUGUGACCAACCAAAUAUUCCCUGAACUCGUUCGUGAUCGCCAUACCUUG